UCCACUGUUUGACUGGCUGUUAUUUUGAGUUGUCUUUAAUGCCUUUUAGCAGCUUAAGAAAGGAGGAGGACCCACCAGCACCAUGUGACCAGCCAGAUUGCCACCCAAUUUGUGUACUGUACUGCUGUCUUUUGUGCUAUAUGGAGCCCUUCUUCCCUAGCCCAUGUGUUAAGAAUAAGUAAUGAUGGAAAUAGAUAAAAUACGGUAGAUUGGAGCUGCUUCAUAACUUUGGAUCUAUUUUGCAAGAAUUCCAAGUCUUUACCUGGUGACUCCGCCCUUCACACAUUACAAGAUGAUUGGACUUCUCUAAAUGCCUUGGGACUGGCUUAUAAGAAACACUUUACACAUAUAUUCUCAUUAAGCUUGAAAAGAGAAUCGACUAAUCGAGAGAAACCAUGCAGAGCACUUCCAAUUAUCUAUGGCUUUUAUCUGACGUUCUAGGACAAGGCGCCACUGCAAAUGUUUUUCGUGGACGACAUAAGAAAACUGGGGAUUUAUAUGCCGUCAAAGUAUUUAACAACAUAAGCUUCCUUCGUCCUGUGGAUGUUCAGAUGAGAGAACUUGAAGUAUUAAAGAAACUGAAUCACAAGAACAUUGUCAAAUUGUUUGCUAUUGAAGAAGAGACAACCACUAGACACAAAGUACUUGUUAUGGAAUUUUGUCCAUGUGGGAGCUUAUACACUGUUUUAGAAGAGCCAUCUAAUGCCUAUGGGUUGCCAGAGUCUGAGUUCUUAAUUGUGCUGAGAGACGUGGUGGCUGGGAUGAAUCAUCUCAGAGAAAACGGAAUAGUGCACCGUGACAUCAAACCAGGGAAUAUAAUGCGUGUUAUAGGUGAAGAUGGUCAGUCUGUUUACAAACUGACAGAUUUUGGAGCUGCUAGAGAGUUGGAAGAUGACGAACAGUUUGUUUCUCUCUAUGGCACAGAAGAAUAUUUGCAUCCUGAUAUGUAUGAGCGAGCAGUGUUGAGGAAGGAGCAUCAGAAGAAGUAUGGAGCAACAGUUGAUCUGUGGAGCAUAGGAGUGACAUUUUACCAUGCAGCAACAGGGAGUUUACCAUUCCGACCUUUUGAAGGGCCUCGCAGGAACAAGGAAGUGAUGUAUAAAAUAAUCACUGGAAAGCCUUCUGGUGCCAUAUCUGGAGUACAGAAAGCAGAAAAUGGACCAAUUGAGUGGAGUCGAGAUAUGCCUAUUUCCUGUAGUCUUUCUAAGGGCCUGCAAGUACUGCUCACGCCUGUUCUUGCAAACAUUCUUGAAGCAGAUCAGGAAAAAUGCUGGGGAUUUGACCAGUUUUUUGCAGAGACCAAUGACAUGCUCCACCGAAGAAUAAUUCAUGUCUUUUCACUACAGCAAAUGACCUUACACAAAGUUUAUAUUCACAGCUAUAAUACAGCUGCCAUAUUUCAUGAAUUGGUCUACAAACAGACAAAAAUAACUUCUCAGAACCAAGAACUGAUAUAUGAAGGCCGCCGUUUAGUACUAGAGCCUGGAAGACUGGCACAACAUUUUCCCAAAACCACUGAAGAAAAUCCUAUAAUUAUAGUAAGCAGAGAGGCUGUGAACAUCGUAGGAUUAAUCUAUGAAGAAAUUUCACUUCCUAAAGUACAUCAGCGGUAUGACUUGGACAGUGAUGCCAGUAUGGCUAAAGCAGUAACAGGUGUUGUAUGCUAUGCCUGUAGAGUUGCCAAUGCUUUGCUGCUUUACCAGGAAUUAAUGCGAAAAGGAAUACGAUGGUUAAUUGAAAUAAUCAAGGAAGACUACAAUGAAACAGUGCACAAAAAGACAGAGGUUAUCAUCAAGCUGGAUUUCUGCAACAGGAACAUUGAGAUAGCUGGGAAAAUAUACAAGAAUCUGAUGCAGAUCCACUUGGAAACAGAAAUGGAUGAAAUUUCAGAGAUACAUACUAAACUAUUGCUUCAGCUUUCUAGCUCUCGGGGAACAAUAGAGACCAGUCUUCAGGACACUGAAAAUAAACUGUCUCCUGGUGGAUUGCUGAGUGAUACCUGGGCAAAUCAGGAAGGCACACAUCCCAGAGACAGAAAUCCAGAAAAGCUACAAGUAUUGCUGAGUUCUAUCACAGAUAUUUAUUAUCAGUUCAAGAAAGACAAAGCAGAACGUAGACUUCCUUAUAAUGAGGAACAAAUCCACAAAUUUGACAAGCAGAAGCUGAAUUUACAUGCCACAAAAGCCAUAUCUCUGUUCAAAGAUGAAUGUGUCAGCAAGUAUGAGACAUUUUUGGACAAGGCAGAGGACUGGAUGAGAAAGAUGCUUCAUUUAAGGAAACAGUUACUGACGCUCACCAGCCAGUGUUUUGAUAUUGAAGAAGAGGUAGCCAAAUACCAGGACUAUAUAAAUGAGUUACAAGAAGCUCUGCGACAGAAAACGUUUGCAGCUUCCACUGGGAUCAAACAUACAAUGAAUCCAGUCUAUCCAAGCUCAAACACUUUAGUGGAAAUGACUCUUGGUAUGAAGAAACUGAAGGAGGAAAUGGAAGGUGUUGUUAAAGAACUAGCUGAGAAUAACCACAUUUUAGAAAGAUUUGGUGCUUUGAUUGUGGAUGGUGGCCUACGGAAUGUAGACUGUAUCUAGUCAACAAAGGAGCAUGAAAGGACUGUUCAUUUUUCACAGAAAAAAAAACGCCAUAAGGGGCAUUUAAAUGCAGAAAAACCAUUCUGUACAGCAAUUUUUUUCUGCAACUCUAGUAUUUAACAAAAGUAUGUAAAUAUGUAUAUACUGUAAAUAUAACAAUUAUAACAGUCUUUUUUGUUAAUGUUAAAAUAGAAUUACUGUUAAGUUUUCUGAGAUGGUUAUACAUUUUAUCCCUUUAAGGAACUCUGGCAAAUGAUUACGGCAAGCAUAAUGCUAUAUACACAUUCAUGGAAUGUUGACUUUCGGGUCAUGAUUUACUUUUGUUUCUUGAAAGGGAACUUGUGGCUUGAACUAGCCUGCAUUCACAGAAGUUAUGAAUAGUUUUUAAAGCAGUGGUUCCCAAACUUAGGGGGGUGUGGAAGAAUGGUUGGGGGUACUACUACUUUAAAGGGUGCCUGGGCUCCCCUUAAUACCAGUGUGUUAUUUCAGAACCUUGUCAAUGACUCAUCAUCAGCUACAGUACUUGAAUGAAGACCAUUUGAUCUUGUCUUUGCUUCUGUAAUUCAAUGUGAACAGCAUGCACUUAGGACAAAGAGAGGAGAUACGUUUCUUCCCCCUUGUCUACCAAGUUAAUAGUCCACUUGUGUGUCAGAAAAUAAAUUCACAAGGUUUUUAGUCCUGUCCAUGUUGGGUGCCAUGUUCUCCAUGAUAAUCAUUUGGCUAAGUAUUAUGGGAGUUUAGUGUUGGAGUCCAUAAACCAUUUUCCGUCUUGCUUCAAUGCUUUUAACAUCAGCAAAAUAACUAUUUAAAAAAAUGUAAUUCUCAGAGACCAAAAUCAACAAAGUACAAUGUCACGGCUUAUGACUAAUAAGAUGUUAAACUUGGGAAGGAAAAUAGAGUAAUACUUUCUUACAUCUGUGGUACCCCAUACUGGAGGCUUCUGGCAUCUAACAAAAAUUAUUUUAAACCAAAAGCAGCUACUAAAUAGAAAAGUUAGCACAUUCAAAACCAGUAACUGCACCCAGCCCAACCCCAAAUACAAAGGAGCCCAGCCCUGCUCCUCCAACACUGCACAACUCAGCCCCAAACGUGGAGAAGAAAACUGUCAGCUCCAAAACCUAUGAAAUUAAAAAGGAAGCAAAUAUCCUGAGUCUUGCCACCUAUGUAGUCUGCUGCGUAUUGUUGAGGAAGAGCAUUCAAGGAUCAUGGGCUCUCUGAAGCAAAGGCCUCAUCCUUUCUCUUUUGAGACAAUGCCAUGGAUGGCCAACUGUUUCAUCUCUGCCAUUCCUAUUUUCAAUAAGGCAUGUAGGGUAACAUAGUCCCUCAGAUAGAUUAGUCCUAGAUUAUUUCAUGCUUUCUAUAACAACAGUAAAACCUUGAAGCAUGCAACCAAAUAAAAAGCAGCCAGUAACAGAUACAUGUGUGUAAGACUCAGUUUUGUGAUGUUUAUUCCCCUGUCUUUCUGCCCCCAUCACAGUAUAGGAAUAAAAAUUUCAAAAUGUAUUUUAUACUUAAAAUAGAAGUUAUGAAGUUGGUAUUUCUGGUUGGUUGCUCCAAUAUUAAAGCAGGAUAUACACUGUUUUACAGUCUCUGAUACUGGGUUCCUGUCCUUGCCUGUUCAAAUAUCAUUUACCCCUACAUAUAGUAAAAGAUGUUCCUCAGUUUGCAAACUUUUUGGAAAAAAUUGCUCUGCAAAAUUGGUGCAGCAAAAAAAGAAGAAAAAAAAUCCAUUUUUUCUGGUUUAGCCAUGUCAUUUAAAAGUGUUUACUUUUGAAGUAUUUAAAUUAUGGGAAUAUUUUAGGGUCUGAUUGUGCUAGCAUGCACAUGAAUGACUUCAUGUCAGUAAUCCUGCUGAAUGUUAGUAAAUUUUAUGUGCAUAGAUGUUCGAAGGAUCAGGUCCUUAAACUGUACAUAAAUGUAUAUUAGAAUCACUGAGAUUAUUUCUAUGCCUAUGUUAUUUCGUUCAUUAUUUUAAGAUAUUUUAACUUUGUAAAACCAAUUAUAUUGGUUGAAAGAUCGAAUCAGUUAAGCAUAUUACUGAUUACUUUCUUAUGAAACAUCCCUUAUUGGCUUUAGUCCUUGAUGCAUGGUGUGUGGUGUACCAUGAGAUUGGCUGUGUUCAUACCAACUGUCAUAAUAUUGUCAGUCCUUAAUAUGGAAAGUAAUAGGUUUGCCAAGACAGACAAUUGAUAGUAUUAUGUUUUUUUCCCCCCUCUGAAACUGAAUUACUACUUUAGAGUUAUAGUGUUAAGUAACUGAUUAAAGUAAUACAUUAGCAAGCCUGUCUACAUAUUAAUUGUAAAACUGCAUGAGUGAAUGACUUAUAUACAUAAAUGCAAUAUCAACAACUUAUUCUAAGAUAUGUCUUUAAUUUCCAGGCUUCUUUUCAUCAUUUAUUUUCAUUUUGUUUUGUAAAAAUUGGCUUUUAAUUUUCAUGAUAUACCAUUAUUUCCCCCUUAAGCCCAAAUGAAAUAUAAGGAAUAAAAUUACAAGUGUCAAAUCAUUAUUUAGAUUGCAGUAACAGCAAAAGUGUGCUCAGUACUGUCCUAAUACAGAAAAGAGAGCUUCUGUCCUGCACAAUAAUGGAAGCACUAGCAUAGAGUAGGUGCCAGCAGCAACUAACUUUUUUACCACUGUAUUGUUUAAGCUUGUUUUGAGCAGUGUGGGUGUGCACAAGUUGUGUCCCCUCAGUGCCCAUCCUACCUGAUAUCUUUUCUGCACAGGAGCUCCCACUGGUGGAGCUGAAUCAUUGCUAAGACAAUAGCAGAAGUUGUAAGAAAAGGGUCACUGUAGUCACAGUAUGUGGGACUUCAUAAAAUACCUAAAAGGUAUAAUGCUACAGCAUGGAUUAUAAAAGGCAGCAGGAGACACUUCAAUCAUAAACAUUUUAAAAAAGUUGAACAAGCCUUGAAAGGGACCAAAGGUGAAACAAGGAACAAACAAGCUAGAGAAACCGGUUUGGGUAAAAUUAGAACCAGUCUCUAGCCAAUUCUGAAACAGCUCACUCUUUCAUUUAAGUUUGACUGCCAAGUAUUCCAAUAUGUAACUUUCAUGCAUGUUUCCUACCUGUCACUUUCUGAUUUUUUAUUUUUUUUGAUGGAUGUAUAACUGUAAUAGUUCCAAAAUGACUAGCCUCCAACCAACCUGAGACUAAUAGUUUCAUUGAAGCAGAGAGGAACGACAUCAACUUUUACAAUAAUACUUGUUGGAAAGCACUAGGGGUAUCUCUGGUAACCAGAGGAGACUAGGGUCUGGUCUAUGCAUAAAAGGUUUACCACCACAGCUGUGUUGGUUAGGAGUGUGAAAAAAUCA